UUAAGACAGUUCGCAAUUUGCGAUAAUCAGUGGAGGCUGAAUUGUGUUUUUGUCGCGUGUGGCGAGUUUAAGAUUAAAUAUUUCUAACAAUAUCUUGAUGAAACAGCAACGUUGCACAGAAAUGAUUUUUUUACUUGGUCUGAUUGCAAUUUUUCUGAGCGAACACGGAGUUGGAACACUCUCCACACCAAGUCUUAUUGAAGGCGACAUCGUCUAUGAUAAAAGGUUUCGAGUAUUGUCACUAUCACGUGAACGUCGAGAUCUUCUCACAAACAAAAUGUUUCUUUGGUUGAAAGGAAUAGUUCCAUACGAAAUUGAUGCUGACAUCUCUAACAGAGGUCGUAAGGUUAUUCGGCGCGCAUUCAGAGAGAUAUCCAAACGAUCAUGUGUAAGAUUUGUGCCCAGGUCGAAUUCUCAUGAUGAUUAUGUGUUGUUUACCAAUGGAAAAGGUUGUUACUCAUCCAUCGGCCGAGUUGGUGGUCGACAAGUUAUUUCACUACACGACGACUGCAAAUAUCGUGGCAAAGUUAUGCACGAAAUUCUUCAUGCCCUUGGUUUCUUUCACGAACAUUCACGCAGUGAUAGAGACAAGUAUAUUAGAGUUUUCUGGAGAAAUAUACAGAAAGGUAUGCAUCGGAAUUUUGUGAGUUACAAACAUGGACCAAUUGAUUCUCUUGGCGAGCCUUAUGAUUUCUUAUCAAUAAUGCACUAUGAUAACAAAGCCUUUUCUAAAAAUGGAAGGGACACUUUAAGAUCUUUAAAAAACCCGUAUAGGAAACUUGGUCAAUUAAGAAAGCUUUCUAAGAUCGAUGUCAAACAAAUAAACAAAUUAUAUCGCUGCAACAAAAACAAUAAAAGACAAAAGUAAGAGCUUAUCAUAGGAAA